GCCAUCAGUGCCUCGUUGUUUUUACAACUACCGUGGCUUCCAGCUUAAGCUUCGUGGCGGAUGACUUCUUUUGUGAAUGCCUAUAAUACUCGCGCUGUCACCUUUCUUUGAUCUUGACGCGUGCCAUCCUUUAUCUCAUGAGCGUAGUUGAUUUCAAUUCCAUUCAGCAAGUGAGUCCCGAGCAAGAGGAAGCUGCGCGUCAAUUUUUAUCUGAACGUUACAAGGAAUUUCUCCAAAUAUCCGAUGAAGACCGUCGGCGCUAUGUGACGUUGUCCAAAAAGAUGCACGACGCACUUGACAACAAUGACCCGUCGGUACUAAAAUCAGUGAUCUACCAACACAUAUGGGAAAACCCGGAGAGGUUUAUUCGCAUGAAACUCCCUUCACUUCCGUUACCACUGAGAGAAGAGCUUAUGGUGCGCAAUGUGAUGGAUAGCUGUCCGUUCAAAUCUCUUAUCAGCUGUCUUGGAGGUUUCGUCUUGGGAGGUAUAUUUGGGUUAUUCUCCGCAAGUGUUGAUCCUAUGAGCACCACGCAUGGGGCCAACAUACCCACCACUCGUGAGGUGGCCAGGGAAAUGUACUCUCGUUCUUUAUCUCAUGCUAAGAGCUUUGCAAUGAUCGGUGCUAUGUUUGCGGCUACCGAAUGUCUUCUAGAAAGCCACCGAGGUAAAAGUGAUCUGUUAAACAGCACCCUCUCUGGUGCUAUUGUUGGAGGGACAAUUGGAUUCAGAGCUGGGUUACAACCUGCUAUAGUCGGAGCUGCUGGUUUCGCUCUGUUUUCUACCGCAGUCGACUAUUACUUCCGACAUAAGUCUUGAUCAUCCAUCUACGCUUACUCAUAUGUGCAGUUUACUUAUUUUCUGUAAAAAAUGGCAAUAAAUCUCAACCUCCGCUCCAGACUUUUGUUAUCUGUGAUUUCAAUGCCAUAGAGUUCGUAUUGUGAUUUACUUCGGUCCGCUUAUGUUUUCA